AUGAGCUAUAUGAAGAAAGACGAGGAUGCCGACCAGACGAUGAUCAAGCUGGAUCGUACCUCUGUGUUUCAAGAUGCUCGCCUGUUCAAUUCGUCGCCUAUCUCGCCGCGGAAAUGUCGCACGCUGCUCACCAAGAUCGCCGUCCUCCUCUUCACGGGGGAGCAGUUCCCGACCAACGAGGCCACGACGCUCUUCUUCGGCAUCUCCAAGCUGUUCCAGAACAAGGACCCCUCGUUGCGCCAGAUGGUGUAUCUGAUUUUGAAGGAGCUGGCCAAUACCGCGGAGGAUGUGAUCAUGUCCACCAGUAUCAUCAUGAAGGAUACCGCCGUCGGGAGUGAUAUCCUUUAUCGCGCAAACGCCAUUCGUGCUCUCUGCCGCAUCAUCGACGCUUCCACUGUCCAAGGCAUUGAACGUCUGAUCAAGACUGCAAUCGUCGACAAGACACCCUCCGUUUCCUCGGCAGCCCUCGUGUCCUCCUACCACCUUCUGCCGAUCGCUCGUGAUGUGGUCCGCCGCUGGCAGAGCGAGACACAGGAGGCUGCAUCCUCCUCGAAGCAAUCUGUCGGAUUCCUUGGUUUUGGUGGCAGCUCACAGACCCACGCCAUUUCGCAAUCGAAUUUCAUGACCCAGUACCAUGCGAUUGGUCUGCUCUACCAGAUGCGCUCCCACGACCGGAUGGCCCUGGUUAAGAUGGUGCAGCAGUAUGGCGCUGCCGGUGUGGUAAAGAGCCCCGCCGCUCUCAUAUUGCUUGUGCGGUUGUCUGCCAAGCUGGCAGAGGAGGACCCUGUUCUGCGGAAACCGAUGAUGGAGAUGCUGGACGUCUGGCUCCGACACAAACACGAGAUGGUCAACUUCGAGGCGGCCAAGGCCAUCUGUGCCAUGCGGGAUGUCACCGACGCCGAGGCCUCACAGGCUGUCCACGUCCUGCAGCUCUUCCUCUCCUCGCCCCGCUCAGUCACCAAGUUCGCUGCCAUCCGUAUCCUCCACAACUUUGCCUCCUUCAAGCCCCACGUCGUGAACGUCUGCAACCCAGACAUCGAGUCGUUGAUUUCGAACUCGAACCGCUCCAUCGCCACUUUCGCCAUCACCACUUUGCUGAAAACCGGCAACGAGGCCAGCGUCGACCGCUUGAUGAAGCAGAUCUCCGGCUUCAUGGCCGAUAUUACCGAUGAGUUCAAGAUCACAAUCGUCGAGGCUAUUCGCACCCUGUGUUUGAAGUUCCCCAGCAAACAGGCCGGCAUGCUUUCGUUCCUGAGUGGCAUCCUCAGAGAUGAGGGAGGCUACGAGUUCAAGCGGAGUGUUGUCGAGAGCAUGUUCGAUUUGAUCAAGUUUGUUCCGGAUAGCAAAGAAGAUGCUCUCGCCCACCUUUGCGAGUUCAUUGAAGACUGCGAGUUCACUAAGCUUUCCGUCAGAGUGUUGCACCUGCUCGGUGUGGAGGGCCCCAAGACGGCUCAUCCCACCAAGUAUAUCCGCUACAUUUAUAACCGAGUGGUCCUGGAGAACGCGAUUGUUCGUGCUGCCGCCGUGACCGCCCUGGCCAAGUUCGGCGUCGGCCAGAAGGACCCUGAAGUCAAGUCUAGUGUCCAGGUUCUGCUUACGAGAUGCCUGGAUGAUACGGACGAUGAGGUCCGCGAUCGCGCUGCUCUCAAUCUUCGGUUGAUGAGUGAAGAGGAUGAAAUGGCUGGCCGGUUUCUCAAGAACGAUUCGAUGUUCUCCCUGUCUACUUUUGAGCACCAGCUAGUCAUGUAUGUGACGUCAACGGACAAACAGACCUUUGCCGCUGCAUUUGAUGUUUCCACCGUGCCCGUGGUCACACAAGAACAGGCCCUGGCGGAGGAGAGGACUAAGAAGCUUACCACAGCGACGCCUACGCUCAAGGCGCCGUCUACCGGUCCGUCGAAGGCCAAGCCCAGCGGUGCUGCCGAGGCCGCUACCUCCGCUGCGGCGACUCAGAAGUACGCCGAGCAGCUCAUGCGUAUCCCCGAGCUCAAGGAGUACGGUACCUUGCUCAAAUCUUCUUCACCGGUGGAGCUUACGGAGAGCGAGACCGAGUAUGUCGUGUCUGCGGUCAAGCACAUCUUCAAGGAGCAUAUUGUACUGCAAUACGACAUCAAGAACACUUUGCCCGAUACUGUCCUGGAAGACGUGACCGUGAUCGCCACCCCGGCCGAAGAGGAUCUGCUGGAAGAAGAAUUUACAGUCCCCGCGCCCAAACUGGCGACUAACGAGCCGGGCAUCGUGUAUGUCACGUUCAGAAAGCUUACCGGGGACAACAGCGUCUCGGUCACCUCGUUCACGAACAACCUCAAGUUCACUAGCAAGGAGAUCGACCCGACGACCGGCGAGCCCGAGGAAAGCGGCUACGAGGACGAGUACCAAGUAGAGGAUCUGGAGCUGACGGGAAGCGACUACGUGAUUCCCACCUUUGCCGGCAGCUUCGACCACGUCUGGGAACAGACGGGGGCAAAUGGCGAGGAAAUCAGCGAGACGCUGCAACUGGGCAACAUGAAGAGCAUUGCCGACGCCACGGAACAACUGAUUGCGAUCCUCUCGCUGCAACCGCUAGAGGGCAGCGACGUCGCCAUGAGCAACAGCACACACACGCUGAAGCUCUUCGGCAAGACGGUCUCGGGGGGCAAGGUCGCCGCCCUGGUCAAGAUGGCAUUCUCCAGCAAAACUGGCGUCACGACAAAAGUCACUGUCCGCGCGGAGGAGGAAGGAGUCGCCGAAGCGGUUGUUGCGGCCGUGUCUUGA